AUGACGGACAUUAGGGACGCUAAACACAAGCGUAAGACCGAGAAGAAGAUGAAGAAAGCUGUACGUAAGACUACAGAAGUUGCUGCAACGAAGAAUACAGAAACGAAGCAGCAGAACUCUUCCAAGAUGGACAAGAAACGCAGUAAGAAACACAAACGCACUCGUGAAGAGACUGAGACGCCUGUUGAGAGCUCUGUUGAGAUGAAAAAGCCUAUGAAAGAGAAGAAGAACAAGAACAAGAAGAAGCACAAGAAAAAUGAAGAUGAAACGCGAGAUACGGACUUCUCGGAGGGUCCGUACCAGCAGCCAGCGGCCAAGGACGGCAGCUUCAAGAAGUCCUUCUACAUGGAAGGCAAGGACACGGCUAAAAUGACCAACGAGGAGGUCUCGAGUUUUCAUCAAGCCAAUCAGAUGAUCCUCAGUGGUAACAACUGCCUCUACCGUCCUGUACUGAGCUUUGACGACGUCACGUUCGAGUCCAAGUUCAUGAAGACUACUAAAGGUUUCGACACACCUACGCCAAUCCAGAGCCAAUGCUGGCCUAUUCUAGCUUCGGGACGUGAUAUUAUUGGUAUCGCCGAGACGGGAUCGGGAAAGACAUUGGCAUUUGCCAUCCCUGGUCUGAUCCACAUUGCUGCUCAGCCAGAGGUGUCGCCUAAAUUUCCUGGUCCGCGCAUGCUCGUUGUGGCACCUACACGCGAACUCGCAAUGCAGAGUUCGGCAGUGAUUUCAGAGGCUGGUAAGAAAUGUGGACUUAAGAGCAUCUGCAUUUACGGAGGUGUGCCCAAGCAGAUGCAGAAGAAGGCGCUGCGAGACGGCGUGCACGUCGUGGUGGCCACACCCGGUCGUCUGAAAGAUCUGAUUGAAGAACGCUCGUGCAAUUUGUCUAAGGUUUCGUUUGUGGUGCUUGACGAGGCUGAUCGUAUGCUUGACGAGGGUUUUGAGAAGGACAUCCGCGCCAUUAUCGGCGGUACCCACCCGGAACGCCAAAUUGCCAUGUUCAGCGCGACGUGGCCUCAGUCCAUUCAGAAACUAGCCCAUGAAUUUCUUACGGAUCCCGUCAAAGUAACAAUUGGCUCAGACGAACUUGCUGCCAGUCACAACGUCACGCAAAUUGUUGAAGUCAUCGACGACCGUGCUCGUGAUGCCCGUGCCCACGCUUUGCUGCAGAAAUACCAUUCGAGCCGCAAGAACCGCAUCCUGUUGUUUGUGCUCUACAAAAAGGAAGCCGAUCGUGUUGAACGUAUGUUACAACAACGUGGAUGGCACUGUGUAGCCAUUCACGGCGACCGUAAUCAACACCAGCGUUCUGAGGCCGUUGAACAGUUCAAGUCUGGCAAGGUGCCUCUGCUGAUCGCUACGGAUGUCGCAGCUCGUGGCCUUGAUAUCCCUGGCGUCGAAUACGUUCUGAACUAUUCAUUUCCGCUGACAAUUGAGGAUUACGUGCACCGAAUUGGCCGCACAGGCCGUGGUGGUAACAAGGGAAUUUCUCACACGUUCUUCACCGCCAAUGACAAACCGCGUGCCGGUGAGCUGGUGAACCUGCUGCGCGAAAGCAACCAGGAGGUGCCAGAUGAUCUGACCAAGUUUGGUACGCAUGUCAAAAAGAAAGAGCACAAGAUGUACGGCGCUUUUGCUAAGAACAUCGACGUCACCAAGAAGGCGACCAAGAUUACCUUUGACGAUGAUGACGAGUAA